GAUGAUUCGCCACCAAAAAAAUGCAGUUGGGGCUUUAUCGAUCUUUCGUUUAUAUUCACAUGGAAAUUUCUUCUAGUUCUUCUACUUGGGCAAUUUCUUUCAUUUUGUAUUACCUCUACAAUCGUGACCAAUACUGUAUUAACGAUUGCUAUUCCUACUACACAAUCUCUUUUCUUAUAUAUUACGAUAGCAAUCAUUUAUACACCAAUUACAAUUUAUCAAUACGGUAUUAAGAGAUAUGGAAGGAUGUUACGGAAAAAGGGGUGGAAAUAUCUUUUACUUGCUCUUGUGGAUGUAGAAGGAAACUAUUUUGCUGUAAAAGGUUUUCGUUACACAUCUAGUUUUUCCAUGACAUUACUUGACGAAUGGGCACUUUUUGUGGUUGUAGCUCUAUCACUUAAAUUUUUGAAAGCGAAAUACCACAUAAGUCAAUAUUUUGGCAUGUUUGUUUGUCUCGUCGGCCUUGGAAUAGUGAUCGCGGGUGAUUUAACUAGUGGCGGAGACAUUCAUACAACUGUAACUGGAGAACCAGCUCCGAAUCAACUCUUAGGUGAUAUAUUUGCUCUUAUCGGUGCAUCUUGUUAUGGUUUAUCAAAUGUGUAUGAAGAAUUUUGUGUGAAAAAGAGGCCAUUACAUGAGGUUGUUGGUCAAAUGGGUAUUUGGGGUACGAUUAUUAGCUGUAUUCAAUUAUGUGCUCUGGAACUUCACGAAUUGCAAAGCUUAACACCAGAUGCACGAACGA